GACAAUGAGUGUUUUGCCGAAUGAGUUAAUAAUUGUAAAUACACUGAAUACUCUAAAUACUGAAUGAUGAAGCAAUAAUACGACCGAAAUAAGACUGCAUUUAUUGGAUACUGAAAAAUGAGAGGUGCAAUGAUGGAAGCGCCGAGCCUGUCUAGAACGCCGUCACCGUCCCAGGAGUACGACGUGACGCGGAUGCGGGAAUCGGACUUCGAGCGGUUGGCGGUUUAUUUGGUACCCGACGUGCCGUGCGAGCGCGGCGUGACAGGCAGGGCGGAACGCACGCUGCCGCGCAGUCUGUCGCUCAGGCCGAGCGUCGUGCUGUCCACGCCUAAUAUACCGACUGAAGGAGUGUGGAGUACGGGCGUGAUACCCAGGGGUACGAGAUUUGGGCCAUUCGAAGGAGUACGAACACCUGACUCACCAAAUGACAAGAUAUCGUGGAGGUACUUCUGGAGGGUGCAAGAAGUCAUGCGGCAUCGUAGCUAUGGUAAUAUUAAGAUAUUUAAUGAUGCAGAUUAUUACUAUUUGGAUGGAUCUGAUACCUCGCAAGCGAAUUGGAUGCGUUACGUUGCUUCAGCUUAUAGUUUUUCUGUUAUGAAUUUGGUGGCAUGUCAACAUCAGGAGCAUAUUUAUUUUUACACAAUUCGUGAAAUUAUGCCUAAUGAAGAAUUAAUGGUUUGGUACUGCAGAGAUUUUGCGAAAAGGCUAGGAUACGACAUUGAUCCUGAAAGGGCAACGUAUUCAAUCUGCAAAGAAGAAACAAUUAAAAAGGCCUACGGCAUACCGCAAACACCAGUCCACCCUGAGAUAGCGUACAAUCAUAUGAAAUAUGUCAUGGGCCUGCAUUACCCACCUAAAGAAGUUAUCCGAAGAAGUCCAACGCCGCCGUAUCGUAACGCCGACCCACGGGUGAAGCGCGAAAUGUUAGCAGAGCAACAGCGACUUAGGCAAAGACAGCCAAGCCCACCAACUAUGCACAUACGAGAAACAUCACCGCACGCAGUAAAUAAUAAUCAAGAUACUCUAACCCAACAUGAAGCGAAUGCUGUACCACAACACCAGGAUAUGAGAUCGCCCAAGCAACUGUAUCACAAACCCGUCGGCGGCGUUUCUCCCAAAGACGACUCAACGAAUAAAGACUCUACGCAAUAUGAACAUCAGCUUACUCCUAAUGAUGGUUCCGUAAGGAGCGAUGAAGGCUACCACAGCAAUGGAUAUCAUGAUGACGCAUUCACGCCUCCAGAAGAUUCUAGUGAUAGUGAUAGUGAAAAUAAUUACGUGCUAGAUUGCUCUAAAAAAUCCCAACAGCCCGAAGAAACAGUACUACCGCAAAGAACAGAUAUGCAAGACGUAAAUAAUGAAUAUCGAAAAGUCAAAAUUAAAAUGCCUCUAAAGUAUCACUAUAAAAAUACAAAAGGACUAGAUAUUGAAUCGUCGGAAAAAGAAUUAGAAAUGGAUGGGAAAUCACCACAUACAAUAGUUUCUCCGCCAAGUAGUACAGUCAUUAUGGUGGAUAAUUCUCAAAACCAAACUGUCACUAAAAUGUACUAUGAGGCGGAGGCUCCGCACACGCCACCACCAGCGGCUUUCAUGCGCUACUCCCCUCAAGGUUCAAGUAUCCUAGAGACUAUACUGACUGCAAGUAGGUCUCACGGGACACCGCCUCCACCCAGUUCACCCACGGAAAUGGCAUAUUCGUAUAAGAAAUCGCAAAGGUAUGGAGCAGCAUGUAGUCCUGACUCAAGUUCUAGUUUACUGGGUCCACCUCCACCUCAUGCGGUAGUUACAAGAAGUUCUCCUCAACCGCCGGCAUUGGUUUAUGCCACGCCACCUCAAUUGGCCCCGUUGCACUAUGAAGGUCAACAUAGCCCGGGUUACCCAUACGGAUUAUAUUCACCUCCAAGUAGUAGUAGCAGUGGAAAUGUGAUUCAUCAGAAUACAAGCCCUGGUUAUUCACCACCACAUGGAUAUCAGUUGCUAACACCUCUGAAAGCUCCAGGAUCUCCACCAGACAGUAUGUGCAUGGAUCAAGGUGGUCCUCACAGUCCCAAUUCUCAGGGCUCAAGGGGUUACCGUAGCCUACCUUACCCAUUGAAAAAGAAAGAUGGCAAAAUGCACUAUGAGUGCAAUGUAUGCUGCAAAACUUUUGGUCAAUUAUCGAACCUUAAGGUGCAUCUGAGGACGCAUAGCGGAGAACGACCUUUUAAAUGUAACGUUUGUACGAAAUCCUUUACUCAAUUGGCUCACCUUCAGAAACACCACCUGGUACAUACCGGCGAAAAACCGCAUCAGUGUGAUAUUUGCAAAAAACGAUUCUCUUCCACGUCCAAUCUCAAAACCCAUCUGCGAUUGCAUAGCGGUCAGAAACCAUACGCAUGUGAUCUAUGCCCUCAGAAGUUCACGCAAUUUGUACACUUAAAACUGCACAAGCGAUUGCACACGAACGAUAGGCCUUACGUUUGCCAAGGUUGCGACAAGAAAUACAUAAGCGCUUCAGGUCUGCGCACGCAUUGGAAGACAACGAGCUGCAAACCGAAUAAUAUAGAAGAAGAACUGGCGCUCGCUGCCGCCGCUACUUCGGAGUAUCUAGGGGAGAUGCACGACGAUAGAGAUCAAAGGCUUGGUCACUUCGACGUUGGACGGGCAUACGUUCCAGUGCCAGUGGAAAGCGAUUCGCAUAUGGAUCAAAUAUCUCAACACAUUCAAUCCCACAUUCGUAACAUGGCACCUCCUCUAGAACUGCUUCGAGAAGUUCCGCCUUCAAACAAAUUAGAAUCAGUUCACCACUCGAACCCAUACGCCCAACAGGAGAACACCAGGCCGACAGUUAUUGAAUCUAAUCAACCCCUGAUCAUCGAGUGCACAUAA